GAAGGACGAUGCGGGUUGGAGGCUCGCGCGCUCGCUCCUCCCGUGGGCCUCCCCGAAAGGCGGAGGCCCGGGGUCCCCUGCGUGUCCCCUGCACCGUCAGUGAGUCACGCAGAGGACCCGGGGUUGCGCACACGCCAGACUUUCUGGAAUGACGGAGGUAGUUCUAGCGUAAGUAGCUUCGUUCAGCUCUGAGCCGAGCUGGCCUGCGCUGCGCCGCGCGCCGUCGAGGCCUCUCUGCCGCGGGGCCCAGUACCCUGUCCACCCGCGCGGGCUCGGUCCUGUGCAGCAUCGCUGCUGGCUGAAGAAAGGGCCUGAACCAGCGCUGAUCCAGAUCCCAUCGCCUAGGGGACACGAUCGCAGCUGCUUCGAGAGGUGUGGACAGGUCAGCUCAGGCUGCGCACAGCUCCCCAGGUCCUUUUCUGUGUGUGAAAGGCCUUUUCUCCCAGGACACUGGUUGCAUCUCUUCGAGCCGGCGGUUGAAGCCACGGUGUCUAGAGUCACGGUGGACGCCUGACAGACACGCCCCACCCACUUUCCACCACUCCCCCAGGAGUAGCGCCCAGUCCCUGUCAACACCACCCAGCUGUGUCCUCCGCAGAGCUGGGAUUGUCUGGAAUGGCCCUUGGUUGGCUUCAGAAUGCUCCGAGGUGCUCCUCAUCUCCCCCAGCCCUCCUGAGGAUAUUGUCUACAAAAGAUCCGAUAUCUACACUUCCGCCAUAUUAAGGUGAACAAGGACUCCUCCAACCCAGCUGCUGGCUAGGCUUGGCCAUCAAUAACUGGGCAAAGCCUCUGGUCACUCUGGGCCUUGAGGGCAGCAGGGUGCUCAGGAACUGGUGGCUGGGGGAUGAGUGGCCGAACCCCCCUGGCGGAGAAGGCUCUGUCAGAAAGUUUCGCCCGCCUCAGGUACAGGGACACCUCCUUGCUCAUCUGGCAACAGGAGCAGCAGAAGUUGGAAAGUGUGCCUCCUAGGUCCUACCUGAGCCGAAGCCGCAGCAUGUGGUAUUCUCAGUAUGGAAACGAGGCCAUCUUAGUCCGAGACAAGAACAAGCUCGGGGCCUCCCCCCGAGACACUGGCCAGUCCAAGUUUUGCACCGUUAUGUAAAUUCCACUGUGGCUACCAAGCUUUGAAGAUAAAGGACCGUCGCUCUUUCCAGUUGAUUAUCUUGCUUGGAGAUCUUGAAUUGUGACCACGACAAACAAGCUGCGGUGGAAGAUGGCUAGGAAGGGCUCCAGCUGGUACCCUGGGAACUGUCUGCACAGCCCAGGCCUCAACGCCACAAGCUUCCAAACAAAUAAAGCAAACGGGGAGGCCCCCUGACCCACAAGGAGCCUUGGCAAGUUCUUGUGGGCUCCCUGGUGAAGUAUGGGUCAGAUCUACUCUGACAGAGGGGAUUCCCUUCCUACAGGGUUUCAGAGCUGUACUGAGGGACACGUGUGGUAGAGGGGUCCUGUAGGAGAGCAGUUGGGGUGAGGGGCACAAAGCAGCUGUGGCACCCCAGGGGGAGCUCUCUGCUUUGAGUCUUAGUUACCAAUGUGGUUCACACCGGGGGUCCAGACACGUGCUCAUAGGUAGACAGGUGUACCUCAAACCUUAAGGAAACACCUCAAAUUUAAAGCUCCACAUGAAUGAUUUGAAACUUAAAUCAUGUGGCUAAAAGCAACAGGCUCCUUGGUGGUGGAGAGUCUCUACUUCAAGGCUGAGGCUGCCCACAUUUCGGGUUGGUGUUCUGUUCCAUAGCACUGCAGGUUCCAGGCGGCACCCACUGGUGUGGCCAGCUUGGAAGGAGUUGCCUCUGGUGUAGUCUCUGUGGCUGUGAAAAUGUAGGAAGUGUGUUUCAUCAAAGAUAAAUUCUCUAAAUAAACAUCCUUCAGGACUUUUA